GCUGCUGCCCUGGAGCGCUGCGGUGCCCGGCUCCCCCCGCUGGCCCGGCCCGCGCGCGCCAUGGAGCUUUACAUCCCGUCCUUCCGCUACGAGGAGAGCGAGCUGGAGCGAGGGUACACGGUCUUUAAGAUAGAGGUGCUGAUGAGUGGAAGAAAACAUUUUGUCGAAAAGAGGUAUAGUGAAUUUCAUGCCCUCCAUAAAAAGCUGAAGAGGUUUAUUAGAACACCGGAAAUCCCUUCCAAGCACGUGAGGAACUGGGUCCCUAAGGUCCUGGAACAGCGGCGACAAGGCUUGGAAAUGUACUUACAGACUAUCAUUUUAGAAAAUGAAGAUCUCCCCAAAAUAUUUCUAGACUUCCUGAAUGUUCGGCAUGUCCCUUCUCUGCCGAAAGCAGAAAGUUAUGGUUCAUUUGAUGAAACAGAAUCUGAAGAAUCAAGCAAACUGUCCCACCAGCCUGUGCUGCUGUUCCUAAGGGAUCCAUAUGUCUUGCCUGCAGCCAACGAUGACUUCCCAAAUGUAGUUAUUGAAGGAGUUCUCCAUGGGAUAUUUUAUCCUCAUCUACUGCCCAGGUAGAAGUGGUGCGUGGAUAGAAGAAAUUAAAGCAAGUCUUGUCAAGGAAAUUUACAUAACACAAUUCUGUGAUGUGAUACCAAUUCUAAGAGGCAAAAGUCACCACCUUAGUUUAAUUUCAUACGUUAUAGCUUUUAAAAUCAGUGUCACUACAGUUUGUGCUUUUAAAAAAAAAAUAGAUAAGCUGAAAACCUUUUUCCAUAUUUAAACUAAUGUAUAUACAUACUCUAAUAUUUAAUACUAAAGGAUGACAGUCAUACACUGAAUUACACUAAUCUUUGAAAAGAAUUAAAAGCUUUACUAAUAUUGCUUUUUUUUUAUUACAAAUUACACUAAUCCUUUUUUAC